CUGUACUCCACCUGAGCUUCCAGCACUGAGGACAUGCCUCCUCUACUUGUUGGUGGAGAUACAUGACUCCACCAGCUGACUGGGGCCUCCCAGGGACGUGUCCCUCCAGAGGCCAGACCCAGUGUCCGGGUCCAGCAGGGCCCCCGAGCCCCGAGAUGCUCCUGCCUGGGGCCUGCCAGCCUUACACCAUCUCCUGGAUCGGGGCUGCCCUGAGAGGCCCAGGCCUGGUCUCCAACACCUCAGAGAUCCAGCUCAGUCCCAGCCCGCAGGAUCAUGGCACCCAGCUCACCUGCCAAGUGACCAUCCCCAGGGCUGGCGUGUCCACAAAGAAGACAACCAAGUCCCUGGGGAGCACCCCUCAUCUGGAAGUCCAGCAAGGCCAGUCCCUGCGGCUCCUCUGCUCUGCUGACAGCCAGCCCCCUGCCUCCCUGAACUGGGUCCUGGAAGACCGGGUCCUCUCUUGGUCCAGCCCUGUGGACUCCAGAACCCUGGGGCUGGAUCUGCCCAGGGUGAAGGCUGAGGACUCAGGUCACUACACCUGCCUAGCAGAGAACAAGCUGGGCUCCCUGAACCGCACCCUGAAUCUCUCUGUGCUGUAUCCCCCAGAGGACCUGAGAGUGCCCAUUUGGCAAGCAAACAGGACAGGGCUGGAAAUCCUUGGGAAUGGCUCCUCCCUUCCGGUCCUGGAGGGCCAAAGCCUGCGCCUGGUCUUUGUCAGCCACAGCAAUCCCCCAGCCAGUGUGAGCUGGGCCUGGGUGACACAGACCCUGAGCCGUGCAUCAGACCCCAGGAUCCUGGAGCUGUCUGUGGUUGACAGGGAGCAUGAAGGACACUUCACCUGUGCUGCCCAGAACCCGCUGGGUUCCCAGAGCAUCUCCCUCAGCCUCUCUGUGCACUGUGAACCCUCCACACAGAUUCUGGAACCCUCCUGCUCCCGGGACCCUGAGGGUCUGCACUGCAGCUGCUCCUGCAGAACCUGGCUGGCCCUCUCCCUGCACUGGCCACUGGGGGAGGGGCUUUUGGAGGGGAACAGCCUCCAGGUCAUCUCCAGCCUCAUGGGACCCUGGGUCAAUAGCUCCCUCAGCCUCCUUGAAGAGCUUGGGCCUGGCUUCACGCUUAGCAGUUAG